CCAGCCACUGACAUUAACGAAACAGCUGAAGGUUACGAACUGCAUGCUGAACUACCUGGUUACGACAAGAAGGAUAUCCACAUCGACGUUGCUGACGAUCGCACAUUGAUUUUGAGUGGCUCAGUUCGUCACCAUCACCACGAGUCCUCAAGUGAGAAGCAGAAACAACAAGAAGACAAGUCUACUGCUGUCUCCAAAGAGGUCAAGUCUGAUGCUCCCAAGUGGUGGGUGAAUGAAAGAGUUUCUGGCAGCUUCCAGAGAUCGUUCAACUUCCCUUCACCCAUUGACAGUGCUGGUAUCAAGGCUAGCUAUGAAAAUGGUGUCUUGAAGAUUUGCGUACCCAAAGCUGCUAACCAAGGCAAGAAGCGUAUUGAAAUU